CCUUAACACUUGUCAGUUGACAGCUGUUUUUAGAUUGAAAAUGUUUGCAGUACACAUGGAAUAUCUGACGUGGUUUUGGUGAUUUUACAUUCAAAUUAAAUUCGUUAUCGAGCUUUUUUGCUGACCAUUAAAACACACACAUUCGAUAAGCGCGCAAAAAUGAAGCUACCGCUUGUUCUAAUAGCAUUAGCGUGCUCUGUAGGAGUACCUUUUAUUCACGGUUUGGCUGUCAUGUCAGUUGAUUUAGGUUCGGAAUGGAUGAAAGUAGGUUACGUGUCACCCGGAGUACCCAUGGAGAUAGCCCUUAAUAAAGAAUCCAAGCGCAAAACGCCGGCCGUAUUAAGUUUCCGAGAUAACAUCAGGCUCUUCGGAGAAGAUGCCCAAACUAUAGGCGUCAGGUUUCCCAAACAAGCCUUCAUCUACUUACUAGAUUUAGUCGGUAAAAGCAAAGACCAUCCUUUAGUGAAGUUAUAUCAGGAACGUUUCCCUUACUACAACAUUGUGGAAGAUCCUGAACGCAAAACCUUACUAUUCAAAAUCGACGAUGAAACCUCGUAUAGCGUCGAAGAAUUACUAGCUCAGCUACUAGGCAAAGCUAAAGAGUUUGCGGAACUGGGCGCCCAUCAACCCAUUAAAGAAUGCGUUUUAACAGUCCCCGGUUUCUUCAAUCAAGUAGAACGAAGGGCCAUUAUUCAAGCGGCCGAACUAGCCGGUUUAAAGGUGCUGCAACUGAUCAACGACUACACAGCUGUAGCCCUAAACUACGGCAUAUUCAGAUCGAAAACCUUCAACGAAACGGCCCAAUACGUCAUGUUCUACGACAUGGGCGCUUCGUCGACAACCGCCACGCUGGUCAGCUACCAAACGGUCAAGACCAAAGACAAGCCGUACGUGGAAAUCAACCCGCAGGCCGCCGUCCUCGGCGUCGGCUUCGACCGAACGUUGGGCGGGCUGGAGAUGCAAAUCCGCCUGCGGAACUUCCUGGCGAAGAGCUUCAACGACAUGAAGAAGACGAAGAACGACGUGUUCGAGAACGACAGGGCCAUGGCGAAGCUGUUCAAGGAGGCCGGCCGAUUGAAGAACGUUCUGUCGGCGAACGCGGAGCACCCGGCCCAGGUCGAAGGGCUCCUCGACGAGAAGGAUUUCAAGUUGAUGGUGACGCGAGAGCAGUUCGAAGAGAUUAACAAAGAUUUGUUCGAGAGGGUUAGCAAGCCGAUCGAAAGAGCCCUGAAAGCCGCGCAUUUAACGAUGGAUUUGGUGGGUCAAGUGGUACUAGUAGGCGCCGGUACUAGAGUACCUAAAGUGCAGGAACAUUUAAAGAAAUUCGUCGGUCAAGAGCUGGCUAAGAGUCUAAAUACAGACGAGGCCGCUGCUAUGGGGGCUGUAUACAAAGCAGCUGAUUUAAGCACCGGUUUCAAAGUCGCCAAAUUCAUCACCAAAGACGCCGUUGUCUAUCCGAUGCAGGUGAAUUUCGAACGUGUCACCGACGAAGGUACGAAGCAAGUGAAACGCACCCUCUUCGGCCUCAUGAAUCCCUAUCCGCAGAAGAAGAUCAUCACGUUCAACAAGAACACCGUGGAUUUCGCGUUCACCGUCAACUACGCCGAUCUCGAGCAUCUCUCGCCCGAAGAACGCCAAUACCUGGGAUCGAGUAACAUAUCGGAGUACAAUCUGGUCGGAGUGGCCGAGGCGUUGGAGAAGAAUACCGGCGAAAACGCCGAAACCAAAGGCAUCAAAGCCCAUUUCGCCAUGGACGAUUCCGGCCUGUUGAAUUUCGUCAACGCCGAUUUGGUGGUCGAGAAGACUAUCCUGCCCGACGAGGAAGAAGGCACUUUGUCGAAGUUAGGAAGUACAUUCAGUAAGCUGUUCGGCGGCGAGGAAGAGAAGCCGGUCGAGGAGAAAACCAAAGAGGAACCCGCAGAGGACAAAAAGGAAGAAUCGACCGAAGAGAAGCCAUCGGAGGAGGAAAAACCGAGCGAAGAGAAAACCGAACCGAAAAAACCGGUAAACGAAACGUCGAAAAACGCCACGGACAAACCGAGCAAAGAGCUCAAACCGAAAAUCGUGACAAUCAAAGAGCCGAUCAAAACGAACGAAAUGCUGUUCAACGCCUACGCUUUGGACAAGAAACAGCUCGCCAAAUCUCUGGAGAAACUGGAGGCGCUGGACCGAGCGGAGAGGGAGAUGAACCGCAGGGCUUCGGCGCUGAAUAAUCUGGAAAGCUUCGUGGUCGAAAUACAAACUAAACUCGACGAAGACGAGUAUAAAGAAGCGGGAAGUCCGGAGGAGAUCGAGAAAAUCCGGGCGGCUUGUUCGUUGGUGUCGGAGUGGCUGUACGAGGAAGGGUCCGACGCGGAUGCGGAUACAUACGAAAAGAAACUCGACGAAUUGAACUUGCUCACAAAGGACCUGCUGGGCAGGGUGUUCGAACAUAAAGAGCGGCCCGAGGCUAUAAAAGCGCUCGAAUCGCUCCUCAAUCAUUCCUCGAACUUCCUGCUAGGUGCUAAGAACGUCACGAAGAGCGCCAAUCCCGAGAAGGACAUAUUUACCGACGUGGAAGUGGAAACGUUGGAGAAGCUUAUAAAAGACACGCAGGAGUGGAAGGACAAAUCCGCGAAAGAACAAGAAGCGAUGAAGAAGAGCGAACCCAUCAAGAUGACAAUAAAAUCCAUUAUGGACAAGAUGGCCGCUUUGGACAGGGAAGUCAAGUACAUGCUUAACAAGGCCAAGUUGUGGAAGCCCAAGAAGAUCGAAAAGCCGGUCAAAGAGGAAGCCAGCUCUAACACAACAGAAAAGACUGAGGGAAAAGAGGCCGAGAACGUUACGAAACCGGAGGCGGCCGCGGAACAGCCCGAACCCGCUGGAACCACCGAAAAACCUGAGAAAGAGGACGACAGCCAUCUAGAGCUGUAGUCGAUUAGUGAAAACGUUUUUAGGGUAUGAACAAUUCCUAGGUUUAAAAUGAAAUUACACCAAUUGAAUCGGAUUCGUGUAUGCAUUUUUUUUUAUUUAUUUAAAUUAUUUUUUUAAUUUAGAUAAUUUCCGAAAGCGUUAUUUGUUAAAGUGGUAUUUUUUAUGAAAAUUAUAUUGUGCGAUUGUCCUAAAGAGAAAAAAAAAACAUGUUAUUAUUAAUCAAUAAGUAAUAAAAACGCGAAUUUAAA